CCAUUCCCUCCUACUUAAUCUACUCUUUUGGUUGUUCGCAACACGCCACACUCACCGCGACCUUUAUUUUGCGUAGGUUUGUUUCUAGCAAGGUGAACGAACCACACGAUGUCGAAGGAGGCCCCCCGUGAACCAGAACAGCUCCGCAAGCUGUUUAUUGGAGGGCUUAGCUUUGAAACGACGGACGAAAGCUUGCGGGCCCACUUCGAACAAUGGGGUGCGCUUACAGAUUGCGUGGUAAUGAGGGAUCCCAACACAAAGCGAUCGCGCGGGUUCGGGUUCGUGACGUACUCUUCUGUGAACGAGGUCGACGCAGCCAUGGAGGCGCGUCCACACAAGGUGGACGGCAGGGUAGUGGAGCCGAAAAGGGCGGUCUCUAGGGAGGAUUCAAAUAGACCAGGUGCACACAUGACUGUGAAAAAGAUCUUUGUUGGUGGCAUCAAAGAAGACACGGAAGAGUGCCACCUGCGAGACUACUUUGAACAGUUUGGCAGGAUCGAGGUGAUCGAGAUCAUGACCGACAGGGCCAGUGGAAAGAAAAGGGGCUUUGCCUUCGUAACAUUUGACGACCACGACGCGGUGGACAGGAUAGUUAUUCAGAAGUACCACACCUUGAACGGACACAACUGCGAAGUCAGGAAAGCACUUUCCAAGCAGGAAAUGGCCAGCUCUGGUACGAGUAUGAGGGGGCGAGGCGGUGGUAAUUUUGGACGAGGUGGGGGUUAUGGAGGUAAUGAUUUUGUCCAGGGUGGAUACUUCGGUGACCGUGGUGGAAGAGGUGGCUAUGGCGGGGGUGAUGGAUACAAUAACGGAGGUGGCUUUGGAGGAGGAGAUGGUGGUUAUGGUGGUGGUCCUGGAUACGGGGGUAACCGUGGAUACGGCGGUGGGCAGGGGGGGGGUUACGGUGGUAACCAAGGCGGUGGCGGAGGCGGCUAUGGCGGGAAUGGAGGAUAUAACGGCUACAACAACGGAGGUGGUGGCGGUGGAGGAGGAGGUGGCGGAAACUUUGGUGGUGGAAACUUUGGGGGCAACAGCUACAAUGACUUUGGCAACUACAACAGCCAGGGCUCCUCCAACUACGGCCCGAUGAAGGGGGGGGGCAACUUCGGGGGCGGAGCCAGGAACAGCGGAGGCCCGUACGGUGGAGCAGGUGGAUAUGGCGGAGGCUCCAGCAGUGGUGGAUAUGGCGGCAGUGGAGGUGGGGGACGGCGGUUCUAGGCACUUCCGGGGAGGGUACAGUACUUAGGAGGGAGGAGAGAGGAGAGGAGAGCCAGAGAGGGGACAGGGAAGCGUCAGGCUUAACGCCAUAGAUCUGCUCAGCCAAACGGUGGUGGGGUAUUACAGCAGCAGCGCCCACAGAUGCACAGUAGCAGGGAAGAAACGUGUUUGUUUCCUGCCGCCAUGCGGGAAUAUUUUAUAUAGAUGCCCUUUUUGUUUCUGUGAAAAGCAUUCCGAUGUUUUAUGUAAAUUUUAGUUUGGUGCCCAUUAGGGUGUUUUUGUUUGAUUAUUUUUUAAAUGUAACUGCAACAAAUCAUGUGUUUUUGAAAUAAAACCAUCUUUCAGUUCCUUUUUUAAAGGAAA